AGCCCAGAACUAGGCUGGCGUGACGUCGACGCUGACGCUACGGUGGCGGCGGCUGCGGCGGCGGCUGCGGCCGGGGCCAGGGUCGGCGCGGUUGCCAUGGCAGCCCCGAGCGGAGGCCCGGGAGUCGGCGCCGGGGCCGAGGGCGGCGCGGGGCCCGAGGGCGGCUUCUCGUUCGGCGGGUUCCCGGUGCUGGGCGGCCUGGGCCCCGCGGUCCCGGGCCCGACCCCGGCGCCGCUGCGGCUCCUGCACGAGCUGUGGCAGCGUGACCCCGGCCCGGAUCCCGGAGAUGAGCGGAGCGGCAAGCUGCGGCCCUGCCGCCUGCGGCGUGCGGCCCGGCCGCACCGCCGCCUGGGGCCCACGGGCCGGGAGGUGCACGCGUUGAAAAGACUGCGGGAGUCUGCCAAUGCCAAUGACUUAGAAACAGUGCAGCAGCUGCUGGAAGACGGGGUGGAUCCAUGCACGGCGGACGACAAAGGCCGCACGGCCCUGCACUUUGCUUCCUGCAAUGGCAGUGACCAGAUUGUGCAGCUGCUGCUGGACCACGGUGCUGAUCCCAACCAGAGAGACGGGCUGGGGAACACGGCUCUGCAUCUGGCUGCCUGUACCAACCACGUUCCCGUCAUCACCACGCUGCUCCGAGGAGGGGCCCGGGUGGAUGCCCUGGACCGGGCUGGCAGGACCCCCUUGCACCUUGCCAAGUCAAAGCUGAAUAUUCUACAGGAGGGGCACUCCCAGUGCUUGGAAGCUGUCCGGGUGGAGGUGAAACAGAUCAUACAGAUGCUCAGGGAGUACUUGGAGCGGCUGGGGCAGCACGAGCAGCGGGACCGGCUGGAUGACCUCUGCGCCCGCCUGCAGAUGACCAGCACCAAAGAGCAGGUGGACGAGGUGACAGACCUCCUGGCCAGUUUCACAUCGCUCAGCCUGCAGAUGCAGAAGCUGGAGAAGAGGUAGCCCCAGAGAGAGGAGCCUCCUGUGCCCUCCACGACCUUUGCCCAGCUCCCAUCAUCCUCAUCUCAGGAAGAGGGGAGAUGCCAGCCUGUCCUGCUACUCUUCCCUGGAUCCCCCCUGCUGGUGCCCAAAGGGCCCCACUUCUCAGAGCCUCCUCUUUUGGCCUCUAUCACCAGACACCCAACACCAUUCCCUCCGUCCCCAGACAGCCCAGCCAGGCUGAUGCUGUUGGCCUCGCUCAGGAGUCCCAGCUUGGGGGUUUCUAGACCCCCUUCUCCUUCUCCUUUCCUGGACACAAAUGGGAGCAGCUGGGCCUGACCCCUUCCCCAUUCUCUCUUAUAAGCUUUUCACUAGCAAAGAUUCAAGUGCAUGCCUUUGAGGCUUGCUAUUGUGAGCAGAGAAGGGGGUAGGGGUGGGGAGGAGCCCGUUUUCUGAGGCCUUUUCGGGAAGACCAGGGGUUCUGGAGGUAGACAUCGCACCUUUCACCAGCGCUUAAAUCUCAGACUUGACCCCUCAGUGAUGGAGUGUGGUGAGCUGAGUGAGGAUUUUCUUUUGAGAUGGGAGGUUCUGGGUGGGGCCGGGCAUUUGUGAGGCUGCAGUCUGUUGAGGGGGAACGGCUUUGAACCAAAGCGUAGAGCGGAAACCUUGUCAUUGGAAGUGUUGGUUCUUGGCAGGAGGCAGGACCCUUCCCUGCCUCCUCUUGUGGGGAGGCCCAGUGAGGAGCUGCCUCCAUUCUGGGGCUGUUCGGAAAGGGUCACUGCCUCUCCUCUCCUUACUACAUCUCUGACCACUCUGGGAAAACAGCCUGUCGCUGCCUGCGGGCUCUGACUCCCUGUUUUCUCUUUCUCCCUUCACCCUUUGGCUGGGGGCUGGUGAGGCUGUUUGCCAGGCUCUGCUCCAGGCUGCUCCCCUGAGCCCCUGGGGGCAGGCAGGGCCCUGAGAGGCCUCCGGGAGGGGAGGACAAAACCCAAGGUGGUGGAUUGCAGACUGGAGGGCCAUGGCUGUGUCCAUGAGGCAGAAGGGAAUUGGCCAAGGAGAAGGGGAAGCUUGCCCUCCUGGUGCCGGCGACUUGACCAGCAGCUCCUGGGGUCUCAGGGGCUCUGAGGCAGUUGGGGGCUGGCCUUCUUCCCACUCUCCUAGCGGCCUCACCCACCCUCAGGGCGUGUGGCCAGCACUUUAAAGGGGAGCAGCAGGGUGGAUCUGCCUGGGGAGCAAGGGUGGGCUUCUAGCGCCCUCCUCCCCGAGACCCAGUCCCCAUUGCUUGAGAUGGAGCCCGGGCCCUAAGCAGGGAAGUCAGUAAAGCCUCCAUUCUGUCAUUUAUCAUCUGAGCACUCAAGGCCAGAGCCAGAGCCACCUUGCCUUAAAGUGUGCAGCAUGUCCUCACCUCACCUCAAGCUAGCCCAGGGAGGGGGCAGAUCUACCCCCAUCGUAGACAGUGAGACGACCUGCCCAAGGUCACUUGAUGAGGCUCAACCUUUGUUCCAACCCUUGAGUCCAGAGCCCUUCGCACCCGUCCCCUGUGCUGUGUGUGAGGUCUGUAGAGCCCAGGUGAGACCCCCACACUCUGGGCAAGGUCCAUGCAGGCAGCUGGCAGAGAGAUCGGGGCAUUGAGGCCACAGCUCUUCCCCCUCUUCCCAACUCCCACUGGGGUGUGGCCACUAUUCUGGGCCCCUCUGAGACCCCCCCCCCCAGUGCUGCCGGGCUAGGAGGCUUCUUUAGGGGCUGUCCUCGUCUUAUUCUUUCCUGGGAACGUGGAGAUCCCCACCGAGGAAUUCCUGCAGGUGAAUAUGCCCCUUCAGGCUGGGUCUUCUCUGUCUCCAGGUGUGGCAGGUAUGCUCCCCACUCUGUGGGGGAUGGAGACCUCCCAUAAAGCCACAGUCACAAGCCACUUACUGGUUCCUAAUGAGGGUCAGACACAGUGGGGAGAGUUGGGAGGGUGAAGGAGAAGGCCUGGGGAAGGUUUCCCCCCAAAAGGCUGCCACCUUUAAGCCUUCACUGUAACAUGGACAAGUUGACCCAGAAAAUAAAUUGCUGUGUGUUAGGGA